CAGCUGUGCUGAUAAAUUCUGGUUAAACUGUUUACCCUGAGCCACAGGGUGACCUUGGGCAAUGCAUGAGCCUGACAGGAUGACAACAUGUUUCUUCCAGCUGUCUGUGUUAGACUCCUGGAUCUCAGAUUUCUUUUACAGUCAAGAUUUUUGGGCCCAUCUGGAAGCAGUGUGAAUCCACUGUAGCAAAGCCUGCAUCCAGACAGAGAGCCUGCAGUAACCCUGUACCUUGGGAGUGUAUGAAAUGAUGCUGGUUCUGCAGGACUUUCUGGCUGCAGGAGUGACUUGCACUGGAAAAAAUGAGCAGGAGGCCAGCAUACCCAGAGUCUCUGCAGACCUGCCACAAAGCUGAUGCCUUCAUUAAUGAUCUGCAGCAGUCAGCCCACAAGCACCGCCACCACCAUGGCUCUGAUGCAGAGCAAGAUGCCAAGAAAAUUCACAGUGCCUGCAAAGGAGCAGGAACCAAUGAAAAAAAAAUUAUUGAAGUCUUAUCAAGUCGAACAUCGGAGCAGAGACAACAAAUAAAACAGAAGUACAAGGAAUUGUAUAGCAAGGAGAUGGAGGAGGACCUGAAGGGAGACCUGAGUGGGAACUUUGAGAAGGCUGUGCUGGCUUUGCUGGACUUGCCCUGCGAGUUCGAGGCCCGAGAGCUUCGGAGGGCAAUGAAGGGAGCCGGGACGGACGAAUCGCUGCUCAUUGAGAUCCUCUGCACUCGCAGCAACAAGGAAAUUGUAAACAUAAAGGAGGCCUACAAGCGCUUGUUUGACAGGGAUCUGGAGUCUGAUGUUAAAAGUGACACCAGUGGCUCCCUACAGAAGAUAUUAGUCAUGGUGCUGGAGGCAACCCGAGAUGAGACCCAGCAGGUCAAUGCAGAGCUUGCUGAGCAAGAUGCCUCAGAUCUGUAUAAAGCAGGAGAAGGCCGCUGGGGAACAGAGGAGCUGGCUUUCAAUGUGGUCCUAGCAAAGAGAAGCUACGGCCAGCUGAGAGCCACUUUUCAAGCCUAUGAGAAGGUGUGUGGUAAGGACAUAGAAGAAUCCAUUAAAAGUGAAACAUCUGGAGAUCUGGAGAAGGCUUAUCUGACUCUAGUCAGCUGUGCCAAAGACUGCCCAGGUUACUUUGCCACACUUCUGCACAAGUCAAUGAAAGGAGCUGGGACUGAUGAAGAGACCUUGAUUCGCAUCCUUGUGACCAGGGCUGAGAGCGACCUGCCAGCAAUAAAGGAGAAGUUCCAGCAGAUGUACAAGAAGCCCUUGGCUGAAGCUGUCCGCUCUGACACCUCUGGGGACUUCAGAAAGUUGCUGCUGGCAAUUUUGCACUGAAAGCCCAUCAAGAAUGAAGAAGCAUGCUGAGCAGCCAUCUCUUGAUUAGCUUCCAGAAAACCAUCCAAAAAUGUGGCAUUAGCACAAAGAAAAAAUUCAAUUUAUUUUCUUUCCAGCUGGGAAAUAUGUUGCCAAGUAAUGUUGGACAUGAGGUUUAUGUUAUGGCUGUCUUGCCAAAUGCCCUUAAGCAAUAAAGGCAUGUUGAAAAAAUUAGAUAUAAA